GUCAUAUUUUACUCAAAAACCAUCAACUAUGACUGCUGAGGUUAAAGCCAACGAAACCCAAGUGGAAGAAAUUCCUGUUUCUCAACCAGCAGAGACUACCAAGGAUGUGGAGGAGACAUCCCCUGCCGACGUAGCAGCAUCGGUUGAGACCGGUAAAGUUGCAGAGGGAGCUGUUGGUGAUGAACCCAAAACAGCAGAGGUGGAGGAAAAGAAUAUUGAAGCAGAAGCCCAAGCCGGAGCUGGAGAUGCUGUUGUUGUGGUUUCAAAGAGUUCUUCCUUCAAGGAGGAGAGUUAUUUCCUCUCAGAUCUGAAGGAGUACGAGAAGAAGGCCUUGAUCGAGUUAAGAUCAAAGCUUGAAGAAGCAAUCCUCGCAAACAAUCUCUUUAACAAGGAGGAAGCUAAAAAGGAAGAGACGAAAGAGGAAGACAAACCCGUUGAAGAGACCAAAGAGGAGAAACCUGCAGAAGAAGAAGCAAAAAAGGAAGAGAAGAAAGAGGAGGAGAAACCUGCAGAAGAAGAAGAAAAAAAGGAAGAGAAGAAAGAGGAGGAGAAACCUGCAGAAGAAGAAGCAAAAAAGGAAGAGAAGAAAGAGGAGGAGAAACCUGCGGAGGAGGAAGAGAAGGAGGAUGCUAAGAAGGAAGAGGAGAAAAAGGAAGACAAAACUGCAGAAGAAAGCCAAAAGAAGGAGAAUGCAGUACAUGCCGAAGAGAAACCUGCACAAGAAGAAGCUAUAGAAAAGGAGAAAUCUGCAACAGAAGGAGAGGCUGACAAUGAGAAACCACUCCAAGAAGCUGAGGUAGAGAAGAAACAUGAUGUGGGUACCGAAGAAAAAGCCGUAGAAGUUGAUACGGACAUCUCCCUUUGGGGAAUCCCUCUCUUAUCCAGCAAAGGCGCAGAAGGCACCGAUGUCAUCCUCUUGAAGUUCAUGAGGGCUCGAGAUUUCAAGGUCAAUGACGCCUUUGAGAUGUUGAAGAACACCCUUCAAUGGAGGAAAGAGCUCAAUAUAGAUUCGAUAUUGGAGGAGGAUUUGGAUUCAGAUCUCAACUCAGUGGCUUACAUGAAUGGCGUUGAUCACGAAGGACACCCUGUUUGUUACAACAUUUAUGGUGUCUUUCAGAAUGAGGAGCUUUACCAGAAGACAUUUGGAACCGAGGAGAAACGGAAUCAAUUCCUGCGGUGGAGGUUUCAGUUGAUGGAGAAGGGCAUCCAGAAGCUUCAUUUCAAACCAGGUGGUGUCUCUUCCUUGCUUCAAAUUAAUGAUCUCAAGAACUCGCCUGGACCCUCAAAGAGGGAACUUCGGAUUGCCACAAAGCAAGCUGUUGGGCUCCUCCAAGAUAACUACCCUGAGUUCGUCGCAAGAAAUAUCUUCAUCAAUGUGCCUUUCUGGUACUAUGCCUUCAAUGCUCUGUUAUCUCCUUUCUUAACCCAAAGAACCAAGAGCAAGUUUGUCUUUGCUCGCCCAUCCAAGGUUUCUGAAACCCUUCUCAAGUACAUUCCUGCUGAGAAUAUCCCCAUCCAGUAUGGUGGCCUGAAAAGGGAAAACGAUUCUGAGUUCUUUGAAGAUGGAAGUGUCUCUGAGCUCAAUGUCAAGAGUGGAGGAAAAGAAACUGUUGAAAUCCCUGUACCAGAGGUUGGAACCACUGCUCUAUGGGACCUGACUGUGUUGGGUUGGGAGGUGACCUACAAGGAGGAAUUUGUCCCAGAUGAUGAGGGUUCUUACACUGUCAUCAUCCAGAAGCCAAAGAAGAUCUCUGCAAAUGAAGAGCCAGUCCGUAACUACUUCAGGAAUAAUGAACCUGGGAAAAUUGUUCUCACCAUUGAGAAUGCUUCCUACAAGAAGAAGCGAGUACUGUUCCGAUUCAAGACCAAGUAGAGAUGUUAAGAGACUUAGACACUUAGUUAUGUAUCUAAUUUAGAUUAGUUUGUUCUUUACAUUCUUUUAAGAUUGGGUUGGGUGUUCAUUCUUUCAGCAGGAUUAGUGUAUCCUGUGAUUUCAUUUAUUUGGUUUGAAGCUUUUGAACAUUUUGUUUUCCUUUUUAUCAGAGAGUUCAAGUUGAGAGAGAUGAGAGUAGUUUCUUGUUGUAAGAUCUUUAUAUUAAGAUUAAUUGUGUUAUUCCUAUU